AUGUCAAAAAAAGAUUUAACGUCUUAUACAAUUAGCGUUGUUGGCUUAAACGGUGUGGGAAAAUCAUCAUUAUGUAAACGGUUAAUUUAUUCACACUUAGACGAUUAUAUUAAUUCGAUAACAACAUUAACAAAUCGAAAGGAACUGGUACAAAAUUCAUGUUCCUAUUGGGGAAAUGUGAAAUAUCGACGUCAAGAUGAUAAAUAUGAAGUAUUAUUUCAUUUUAUCGAACAAACAGAAUUAAAUGAUAGUAGUGGAGGAGAUAAUCAUGAAAUAUAUAUUAAACGAGCUAGCACUGUUACAAUAAAAGUAGAUGAAAAAUUAAUCACCAGUAAUAAUAUUGUAUCAAGUAGUGGUGAAUAUGGUGAUGAUUCUAUGUUAUCAAACAAUGUAUCACAUCCAUUACUGAAACGUUUUCCUCGUGAUUUUAAAGUCAAAAAUCAAGUUGAUGCUUUCAUAUGUGUUUAUGAUAUAAGUAGUGGUGACGACUUAUCUUCUAGUCAACAAUCACAAUUUGACUCGUUUUUGUCGUUAUUAAUUCCAUUGCUCAAAACAAAACGUCCAAUAUUGAUUGUUACCACUAAAAAUGAUAUAGUUUAUUCUCAUAAUCAACAGAUAGAACUAUCAUCUAAAUUUGAACAACGUGUACGCAACUCUUUUAUUUCUACUACUUUAUCAACAACAGAUAUUCAAUUACAUCUUCCACCUAUUCUUCAUACAUCCUCUCAGCAAAAUAUCAAUAUACAAUCGAUCUAUGAAAUACUUGUUAAAUUAUGUGAACAAUCAUCAUCGAUAUCAACUCGUAAAUUAUCGUCAAAUACAUCUUCUCUAUUUCAACUACCAUCGUAUAUUGAAAAUUUAAAACAAAAAGAAAAAUUAGAACAGACAUUAAUCGAUGAUUAUCGACAAUUACUGAUACGUCAUGUUUUAGAUUUUAGAGAUACCACAUGGUCACAAUUCUAUCAAAAAUGGCAUCAGCAUAUUGGAAUUGAACGUUUUAUACAAAUAUUUGGAAAAAAGCACGCAGAAAUUAUUUUUAAUGAACAUUUAGGAAAUUUAGAACAAUUUGAUAUAAAUGCAUUGAAGCAAAAAAUAAUUGAUCAACGUUUAAUUAAAAUCAUUCAUUUACUUACAAAUGAAAAAAAUUUAUUAUCAUUAAAUAGGUAA